AUUGAAAAUUUUUGAAAUUCUUAAAGCAAUGAGUCUGAGUAAUAUUUGCAGCUUCAUUGGCAUUUCCAUCAUGUUAACAUCUGGAACACUGGCAGGUCAACUUCUUCAUAACCUGGCACUGAAUCAAAAAGCUGUCCAAUCUUCAACCAGUGACAAUGUGGGACUUGCCAUUAAGGCAGCUGAUGGAAAAAGAGAUCCAAGCUAUCAAACUGGGUCCUGCACAAGUACCAAUUUAGAAUCCAACCCCUGGUGGAGGGUAGACCUGGGAAAAAUGUAUACAAUUGGUGCUGUAAUGAUAACCAAUAGAGAUGAAUCGGAAAACAGGCUGGAUGGUGCUGAACUCUGGAUCGGAAAUUCAACAAAGAUCAAUGACACUGAAAGCACGAGGUGUGCAGUCAUUUCCCACAUUCCCAGCGGGCAGACGUUUUACUUUCCAUGUAGGCCUCUACAGGGACGCUACGUCUCUGUGUUUCUCCCAGGAAGUGGGAAGGUCCUAAGUCUCUGUGAGGUUGAAGUUUACUAUGGAUACACAUUACCCAAUGUGGCACUGAAAGGAGAAGCUACCCAGUCAUCUACACUCUCAUUUGCCUCUGCGUCCAAAGCCAUCGAUGGUAGACGGAACUCAUUCUAUAGCAAUGGCUUCUGUAGCCACACUGCUGAAGAGACCAACCCCUGGUGGAGGGUAGACCUGCAGCAAAGCUUUAGAAUCACUGCUGUAAAAAUCACCAAUAGAGGAGACUGCUGUGCUGAAAGACUGGAUGGAGCUGAGAUCAGAAUUGGGAACUCACUGGAGAACAAUGGAAACAAUAAUCCCAGGUGUGCUUCCAUCUCCCAUAUCAACAUGGGUCAAACCUCCACAUACCAGUGUGAUGGAGGCAGCAUGGUGGGUCGCUUUGUGAACGUGUUUCUUCCUGGACAGAAGAAAACUCUCACCCUUUGUGAAGUGGAGGUUUAUGCUGCUCAAGCAGACUUGUUGGCUGCCCAUAAAGUCACUGCUGUCACCAUCAUCAACAGACAAGAUGAUUAUAUCGAAAGAAUUAUUGGGGUACAGAUCUUAAUUGGGAACUCAGUGGUGCAGAAUGGCAACCAAAACCCCAGGUGUGGCAUUAUCCCAUCAUUACGGGGUACACCAACAUACACAUUCCACUGUAAUGAAAUGGAAGGUCGCUACAUCAAUGUGGGCGUACGAGGAUUUCAGCAAUAUGUGACACUGUGUGAAGUGGAGGUGUUUGCUUCUCUAUCUGUGCCAGAUGCUGUUAGCCCUUCACCAACUCCUCCACCCCCUCCUCCCACUGUGACAGUGCUCCUGGGUGGUAGGAACGUGACGGUGGUGGGAAAGAGGCUCUGCUGGUCUGAUGCUCUGAUGUACUGUAGACAUUAUCACUGGGACCUGCUCAGCCUUCACAGCCAACAGGAGCAAAGUGAGUUGGAGCAGCUGCUGGGCCACAUCCCUUUCUCCCUCACAGACUACAUGUGGCUGGGACUGCGCAGAUCCCUAAGUGGAGAUGAGUGGUUCUGGAUGUCUGGACAUUCCAUGAAUUUCAUCAAUUGGCCACAAGAUUUUGUCCCUGAUCGUUACUCCAACACCUGUGGAGGUGUGGCCAGCAGAGAGAACUUCCUGUGGCAGGACCAGUCCUGUGGGGAGGACCUCAACUUCAUCUGUGAAUCAGGUGCUGAGGACGGCGUGCAAAGAGUGUAUUUCUACACCACCAAGAAUGUCACAAGUCAACUUCUCUACAACCUGGCACUGAAUCAAAAAGCUGUCCAAUCUUCAACCAGUGACAAUGUGGGACUUGCUAGCAAGGCAGUUGAUGGAAAAAGAGAUCCAAGCUAUCAAACUGGGUCCUGCACACUUACCAAGUUAGAAUCCAACCCCUGGUGGAGGGUAGACCUGGGAAAAAUGUAUACAAUUGGUGCUGUAAUGAUAACCAAUACAGCAGAAUUGGAAAACAGGCUGGAUGGUGCUGAACUCUGGAUCGGAAAUUCAACAAAGAUCAAUGACACUGAAAGCACGAGAUGUGCAGUCGUGUCUCACAUUCCCAGCGGACAGACGUUUUACUUUCCAUGUAGGCCUCUACAGGGACGCUUCGUCUCUGUGUUUCUCCCAGGAAGUGGGAAGGUCCUAAGUCUCUGUGAGGUUGAAGUUUACUAUGGAUACCCAUUGCCUAAUGUGGCACUUAAAGGAGAAGCUACCCAAUCAUCUACACUCUCAUUUGCUACUGCGUCCAAAGCCAUCGAUGGUAGACGGAACUCAUUCUAUAGCAAUGGCUUCUGUAGCCACACCACCGAAGAGACCAACCCCUGGUGGAGGGCAGACCUGCAGCAAAGCUUUAAGAUCACUGCUGUAAAAAUCACCAAUAGAGGAGACUGCUGUGCUGAAAGACUGGAUGGAGCUGAGAUCAGAAUUGGGAACUCACUGGAGAACAACGGAAACAAUAAUCCCAGGUGUGCUUCCAUCUCCCAUAUCAACGCUGGUCAAACCUCCACAUACCAGUGUGAUGGAGGCAGCAUGGUGGGUCGCUUUGUGAACGUGUUUCUUCCUGGACAGAAGAAAACUCUCACCCUUUGUGAAGUGGAGGUUUAUGCUGCUCAAGCAGGUGGCACUUUAAGUGACUAG